UCACCCGGCAUGCCCUGCGGGUGACGCGCCGGUCCCGUGACUCCCGCUAGCUUCGCUCCUCCCGGUCUGUGUAAAGAUGGCGGACGAGGACGGGAUCCACUCUAGUCAACGGAACGGUGGCGGAGGCCCGGGCUUUGUGGCGGCAGGGGGCCCGCGGGUGGUCCGGAUAGUUAAGUCUGAGUCCGGUUAUGGCUUUAAUGUGAGGGGCCAGGUGAGCGAGGGCGGCCAGCUGCGGAGCAUAAACGGAGAGCUGUACGCCCCGCUGCAGCACGUCAGCGCGGUGUUACCCGGGGGAGCCGCCGACCGCGCCGGGAUACGCAAGGGGGACCGCAUCCUGGAAGUGAAUGGGGUGAACGUGGAGGGGGCGACACACAAGCAGGUGGUGGACCUGAUCCGGGCUGGAGAGAAGGAGCUGGUCCUCACCGUCCUGUCCGUGCCCCCACAUGAGGCGGAGAACCUGGACCCCAGCGAUGACUCCUCGGGCCAGUCCUUCUAUGACUACACGGAGAAGCAGGCCGUCCCCAUCUCCAUCCCCACCUACAAGCACGUGGAGCAGAACGCUGAGAAGUUUGUGGUCUAUAAUGUCUACAUGGCCGGCCGCCAGCUCUGCUCCAAGAGGUAUCGCGAGUUCGCCAUCCUGAACCAGAACCUGAAGCGAGAAUUCGCCAACUUCACCUUUCCCCGGCUCCCAGGAAAAUGGCCGUUCUCCUUAUCAGAGCAGCAGCUGGACGCCCGCAGAAGGGGCCUGGAGGAGUAUCUGGAGAAAGUGUGCUCCAUACGGGUGAUUGGAGAGAGUGACAUCAUGCAGGAGUUCCUGUCGGAGUCCGAUGAGAACUAUAACGGAGUGUCUGAUGUGGAGCUGCGGGUGGCGCUGCCCGACAAGACGACCGCCACCGUCAGGGUGAAGAAGAACAGUACCACAGACCAGGUGUUCCAGGCUCUCGCUGCCAAGAUCGGGAUGGACGCCAUCACUGCUAACUACUUUGCGCUGUUUGAGGUCAUUAACCAUUCCUUCGUCCGGAAGUUGGCGCCCAACGAGUUCCCCCACAAGCUGUAUGUCCAGAACUACACCUCAGCGGUGCCCGGCACCUGCCUCACCGUGCGCAAGUGGCUCUUCACCACGUCUGAGGAGGCGCUGCUGAAGGACAACGACUUGGCGGUCUCGUACUUCUUCCACCAGGCCGUGGAUGACGUCAAGAAGGGUUACGUCAAGGCGGAGGAUAAGGCCUAUCAGCUACAGAAGCUGUGUGAGCAGCGGAAGAUGCUGAUGUAUCUGAACAUGCUGCGGAGCUGUGAAGGCUACAACGAGAUCAUGUUCCCGCACUGUUCAUGUGACUCGCGCAGGAAAGGCCACGUCAUCACCGCCAUAAGCAUCAGGCACUUCAAGCUCCUGGCCUGUACGGAGGAGGGGCAGCUGGAGAAUCAGGUGAUCGCCUUCGAAUGGGACGAGAUGCAGCGGUGGGACACGGAUGAGGAGGGCAUGGCUUUCUGCUUCGAAUACGCCCGCGGAGAGAAAAAGCCACGAUGGGUGAAAAUAUUCACUCCUUAUUUUAAUUACAUGCAUGAAUGCUUUGAGAGGGUCUUCUGUGAGCUGAGGUGGAGGAAAGAGGUGGAAGAGGAAGCCACGGAUAAAGACAAUAAGAACUGCAGUAAUGACAGUACGUGCAGCAAGAACAUCUUUCAGAUUGUACGAUUGCAGCACAAGGACACUAGCACUUAGCAGCCCUCGGCGGGGCCCGCCCAUCGUUCCUGUCACUUGUCAUGAAGACGGACUGAUGUGUUAACCUCUUCAGCACUGGGCUGCUCUGUGCAGCGUGGCAGGGGUUCACCAUUCCACACAAGCAUUAGACCUCUGCUGAGGAUCCGUUUCGGUGUCAUCCAGGCCUGCGCCCGACGUUCUCAGUCCUGCCAUUGCUUUCUGUAGUUUGGACCCCCCCCCCCCCUUCCCGGCCCCUGUUGUAGUCCUUGCAUGUGACUUAACCCCUUCCUUCUUCCUAACACUACUCCCGCCCCGUGCUCCAGCCGCCCCCCCCCCCCCCCCAUUUCGGAAGGGUCAGGAUCUGCCGCCGUUUCUUCCAAGGAUAACCGUCAGUAUUUGCAGCAGUAACAGGACCGUGAGGUCCCUGCCGCCGCGGGGAGGGGUGAAGAAUCUAUUUUACGGGACUCAAUCUGUCAUACAUUUCACAAUGUCUGCACCCGGGGAGGGGAACAGAGGCGAUGGCCGUGCUGGUGGGGGGGGCGCGAGGGAUCAAUCUGAAGUGCUACCUUCUAUAUACUUGUGCCAAAUGGGAACGUGGUAUUGCCCCUCCCCCGGAGAUGAUGGUGGUUGUGUAAUUUGUCUGGUCCUGGGAGGGUUAGGGCGUAGUGGGCGGGGGUCUUCCUUCUCGACAUUGCCUUGUUCCCCUCCACAGCUCCCCCCCCCCCCCCCCCCCAUAUCACAGCAAUAACCGUCGCCGGCUGCGGGAGCGGCUGGACAGCGCUCGCCCCCCUCCCCAGUGUGGACUUCUUUAUGUUCUUUUUAAUUUAUUUUGGAGAAUUCUAACCCGGACGCGGUUCCCGGCAGGACGUUCAUCUUGUUGCUGAGAGCCAGAAGCGCGCACCAGUGUUUAACGUCAUGUUCCAGAGCUAACAAUCUAAUCUCGUUCAGUACCAGUCACCUUAGUGUAAUUAAUGUAACAUAUUCUUUUAAAUAAAUCAAUUUAUUGAUGAGA